ACAGCAAUGUCUCUUCCACAGGAAAUACGCUCUUACAAUGGAGACACCUCACUGGGGACUCUGGAGAAACAACUCAUCUGCCCCAUUUGUGAGGAGGUCUUCACAAAACCAGUCGUCAUUCUGCCCUGCCUGCACAACCUCUGCCGCAAGUGUGCCAACGAACUGUAUCAGCCAUCUCUCUUCCAGAUUGGAGUUGGAGGACGCUUCCGCUGCCCUACCUGUCAGAGUGAAGUUGCCUUGGACCGUCAUGGAGUUUAUGGGCUGCAGCGAAAUUUACUUGUGGAGAACAUUAUCGAUGCUUACAAACAGGAUUCUGCAAGCUCUAGGCCCCCACCAAAGCCUCUUGCACAGUUUACCUGUGAGGAGCAUGAUGAUGAGAAGCUCAAUAUUUAUUGCAUCACAUGUCAGGUGCCCACCUGCUCGCUGUGCAAGGUGUUUGGGGCACACAAGACCUGCCAAGUAACUCCCUUACCUGAUGUCUACCAGCAGCAAAAGGCUGAACUCAUUGACAGAGUGGCUUCCUUGGUUUCCACAAAUGACCAUGUUCAAGCAUUUAUUGAUGAACUAAAGGCAAUCUGUAGUAAUAUAGAGGAGAAUAGCAGGAUCCAGAAGCAGAUUCUUUGUGAGAAGUUUGAUCGCAUGAGUGCCAUUCUGGAAGAACAUCAUAAGAUCAUGGCCCAGCAAAUUACUUCUGAGGAGGAAGAAAAGACUGGCUUGGCCCAAUCUUUAGUGCAGAACUACAGUAGGCAUGUAGACACAAACUCAAAGUUAGUACAGGCUGCCACGAAUGCCAUGGAAGAGUCAGAGACGGCUGUUUUUGUACAGACCUCAAAAGAACUAAUUGAGAAGGUUAGUAAAGCAUCUAGUUGCUUCACUCUGGAGACCAUAGAGCCUGGCUAUGAGAAAAUGGAUCACUACAAGGUGAAUUUUGAUGCAGAGCAAAGAGUCCUCUACCAGCUGGAUUUCAUGAACAUUGAAGAGGAUGUGGAGGACUCACCUGAUGAGUCAGAAUCAGAGCCUGAACCUGAGUUUGAACCUGAGUUUGAACCUGAAACACUGUCUACCCCAGAACCUGACUCUGAAUCAGAUCAUGAUCUCAAAUCAGAGGACUCUGAGAUGAGGAGCCCCAUGCUAGAGACAAUGGAGGAUACUUUGGCACAAGCAGAGAGUUGUGCAGACAUCAGAAAUAAGGCUGUAUGUGAGAAGAAUGGUUUAAGCACUCAUCAGACUGUCACCCUCAUCCUUUAUUUCCUGUGCUUCCUGGUCAUCCUACAGCGAAUAUGGGGAAGCAUUUAGUGCAUUAUUUUUAUAUAGCGGAGAUGAAAAGGCAGAGUCAACAGGUACCAACAGUCUAAUAAUACUAAACCAGUGUUAUAAGAUCCAGCUCUUUAUUUAUAUGUUGAUUCUGCAAUUUAUCAAUCCAUCUGAUGUGUCUUUUAUUCCUUGACAGUAACAUAUAGGCACUGCUGCAGAGCAUUUUGAAUAUACUGUACUGUAUGUGAAUGCAGCAUUACCAAGGAUUUGAUCAAAAGGAGAAAAAAGGAUUGGAAUUAGUCAGGGGUGUAAAAGGUACA